CUGAGUGUUACAUCAAUAUGCCCGAACUUUUGCGGCUUAUGCACCCUACCGUGUAGACACACAGUUAUCAGUACGCUAUCAGCGGGAACAUUCUACUCUGCUCCAGACCGCCAGCCCAGCAGCUUGUAAACGCACAAUCCGUCGCUAGCCAUGAUUACGAUUAAAUGUAAAGACACCAAUCUGGAUCCGCUUCCAAUUAAAAUUGGUAUUAUUGGCGGUUCGGGACUUGACGACCCAGAUAUCCUGGAAAACCGGCAUGAACGUGUGGUUGAGACGCCCUAUGGAGAACCUUCUGAUGCUCUGAUUGAAGGCGAGAUCAAUGGAGUGCAGUGCGUGCUUCUGGCGCGUCAUGGACGCAAGCACGACAUCAUGCCCUCCAAUGUUAACUACCGGGCCAACAUCUGGGCCCUUCGCGAUGUGGGCUGCACCCACUUAAUUGUCUCUACAGCAUGUGGUUCCUUGCGCGAGGAAAUCAAGCCGGGCAACCUGGUUGUUCCACAUGACUUUAUCGACAGGACUACUAAACGCCUUCAGACCUUCUACGAUGGCAAGGAACGAAGUCCACGUGGUGUUUGCCACCUGCCCAUGUUUCCAGCAUUCAGCGAACGCACACGCAACAUUCUGCUGGAGGCGGCCAAGGAGCUGGAGAUUCCCGCCCACGAUAAGGCCACCAUUGUGACAAUUGAGGGUCCGCGCUUCUCCUCUCGCUCCGAGAGCCACAUGUUCCGUCAGUGGGGCGGGGACCUCAUAAACAUGACCACGUGUCCGGAGGUGGUGCUAGCCAAGGAGGCAGGCCUACUCUACGGGUCGGUGGCCAUUGCCACGGACUACGACUGCUGGCGCAUGGGAUGCGAGGGUGUCAACGUGCAGGAUGUCCUCCGUACUUUUGCCGAGAACGUGAUUAAGGUGAAGAAGAUCCUGGUCAACGCUGUUGGUCGAAUUGCCAAGGAGGACUGGUCGGAGGACAUACUAAAUGCCAAGCAAUGCGUUUGCAACAACACAAUGUCUGGAGCCAUGUGACGUUUUAUAAAACUCUGCCACGAAAUAACGGAAGAGACGCUGAUUCGCCGCAAGAUCUAUGUGCCACCGCUCUAUCAUCAGUUCCACAAAAAGCGUGGACCCAGAGUCCAUUCCAUAUCCAUUACGUACGAAUUAGAUCCGAGGGACAAAAGGCAUUCGGUAAAAACUCAAUUGAAAUGUGAAACUGUAACGUCCGCGUCAGCGUCGCAGUAAAUAUAUACAUAUGUGUGUAACUAUAAACAUUUUCGUAAUCAAAUGCAAUCUAUUCCUAAACCAA